AUGUGGAGGCAACGGCAAGCUGGGUUGAGCGUGGCUGACGACGGUUGUGGGGCAUCUGACUUUCUGACUUGCUGUAGCUUGCCUCAGGCUGCAGAGCUGGCUUCGCCCGCGCUGUCCCCACCCCCGGAGCGACUUGAGAGGCCGCAGGCGCCCACGCCAGAGCAAACGAACCACUGGCUGCAGGGCAUGGAAUGCACGGACGAAACUGAAGCCACCGAAGCCAGCAUGGAGCGGCCGAGUGCGCCCCUCCAGUACCGUGGUGUGUCCCCGGCUCGUGGCUCUGAUGACGGCUCAGCCUGCAUGCGUCCGCGAAGUCCCACUCCGACAAAGAUGCUGGCCUGGGGCGAGGAGCAGGACAGCACCCCAAGCGGUGGGCCAUCUUCGCGACCACUGUACGGCUCACCAACCAGCGAUGAUGAUGAUCCUUUCGGCCGAGGGGACCACUCCGAUGGCCUGAUCAACAGGCUGAUUGAGGCCUGCCAGAUGGAUGACGUUCGCAGGGCAUUCGGCAUCUAUGAGAGGCUUCGACGGAUGGAGGUGCCACUAUAUGAAGGAGUUUACAAACUCAUCAUUGAGUGUUGCACGCGCACCCACCAGCUCGGUCAUGGCAUCCAGUUCUAUGAGACUUUAAAAAGCUCUGGGCAGCGCGUCUCCUCACGACUGCUGAUCGUAUUGAUCGAGGCUUGUGCGCGGGAGCAGCACAGCGACAAGGUGUAUGCACUGUGGCAGGACUACUGCCCCAGGGGUGAGGAGAUUGGAACAAGCCACCGUGAAGUGUUGUUGGUGACUCUGGCCUCGUUGGUCCGCACUCUGAGCCCUGAUUUGGCCUUGGAGAUCAUGCGGGAUGCCCUGCAAAGGUCCCAGUCCAUAACCUGGAUUGCAGAGGCACAGACACAGGUUUCGGAUUUGCUCCAGCUAGUGGUGAGCGCUGCCAGCGAGGCGCAGCUCGAUGGAGCCGGGCAACUAGGCCACAGUCUUUUGGCCAGCUACAAGGGCCUCGAGGAUCUCCUUCUGUGGAUGCUGGAAGAAGCACAUCGACAGACACUGGCCUUUCCCAGCAAGGGCCCUGCAUUAGGUUCUGGUUCCGACAGCCCAACAAGCAUUGCCACGCGGCCGCCAAGUGGCCGGGUGGGCUUUGCGGCGGAGGACGAGCUUCUUUUGAUGGAGGAUGUUGACCUUGAUUUAGAGCUGGCCGCCAUGUGA